GGCCGGCUCCGGCCCGGCCCGGCCCGGCCAGGCCAUGAACGCGGCCGCAUGAUGCGUCCCUGCCUCGGCCGCCGCCGCCGCCGCCGCCGCAGGCCGGGAGGAGCCGCAGCGCCGGGCGACCCCGCCCGGGCCUCGGGCAGAGAGUGAGAGUCUUCUAAUUGGAGGAAGCAGUGGAGCAGGAGCACAGAGCUGUGAAGGGCACGGCAGCCGAACCAGGUGAACACUGCGGAAGAGCCUGCAAAGGCAGCGGAGCCACCUUCAGUGGCGCCUUGAAUGCCACGGUCCCAAGGUUUGGCGCCUUUAUUGGUUAGGGUUCUGCAGAGGUGCGGCCAGAGAUCCUAUCACAUAGGACAGUAUGCACCUUAAGAUCCUGAAGAAAAGGCACAAAAUGUUCAAGUAAUGUCAAGAAAUAAUUUGUGAGGGAAACCAUGCCGUCCUCAGGACACCGGCUCCGGGAGGUCGAGCAUCACCCUCUCCUGGCUGAAAAUGACGCCUGCGACCCCUCGUCCUCCUCUUCGUGCGAGGCUGACGCGGCCGGCGGGGUCUGGUUCAUCCGCGACGGCUGCGGCAUGGUCUGCGCCGUGGUGACGUGGCUGCUGGUCGUGUACGCAGACUUCGUGGUGAUGUUCGUCAUGCUGCUGCCCUCUGGAGACUUCUGGUACUCCCUGGUCAACGGGGCCGUCUUCAACUGCCUGGCGCUGCUCGCGCUGUCCUCUCACCUGCGCACCAUGCUCACCGACCCCGGGGCAGUACCCAAAGGGAAUGCGACUAAAGAAUACAUGGAGAGCUUGCAGCUGAAGCCUGGGGAGGUGAUCUACAAGUGCCCCAAGUGCUGCUGUAUCAAGCCCGAGCGUGCCCACCACUGCAGUAUUUGCAAAAGAUGUAUUCGGAAGAUGGACCAUCACUGCCCUUGGGUGAACAACUGUGUCGGAGAGAAGAAUCAGAGAUUUUUCGUGCUCUUCACUAUGUACAUCGCGCUGGCGUCCGUGCACGCGCUGGUCCUCUGCGGGCUGCAGUUCAUCGCCUGCGUCCGAGGGCAGUGGACUGAGUGCAGUGAUUUCUCACCUCCGGUCACUGUCAUCCUGUUGGUCUUCCUGUGCCUUGAGGGUCUGCUGUUUUUCACCUUCACCGCGGUGAUGUUCGGCACGCAGAUCCACUCCAUAUGCAACGAUGAAACGGAGAUCGAGAGGCUGAAGAGCGAGAAGCCGACGUGGGAGCGGCGGCUGCGCUGGGAAGGGAUGAAGUCCGUCUUUGGGGGCCCCCCCUCGCUGCUCUGGAUGAACCCCUUCGUCGGCUUCCGAUUCCGGCGACUGCACACGAGACCCAGGAGGGGGGGCCCCGAGCUCUCGGUGUGAGGCCCUCCCGUCGGCUGGGACUUGUUCACGGACGUCGUGUGUUCGGGGUGGGGAAGGGGUCGGCCGCGCGCCUGUGGCCAGCAGGGCAGUGAGACCCGUGCAGACCAGCUGCUUGCAGCAAGCAGCCUUCCAUGUGUUUACGGUCACGGACGGCGGAGGUCCCACACUAGUACCUGGGUGGCGCUGUGAUCAGUGUCACCGUCCAGUGACCAAAGGACGUGGCCGCACGAGGAAGCCAGAUGUCAUCUUCCUGCACAGUUAGAAGUUUUGUUAACAUACUUGGCAUUUUCUAAGGUGUCGUGCGGGCUGUUACACGGGUUAUUAAAAUCCUGUGUGCCGAGCUGCUUUUCUCAAUCGUGAAGAAGACAAGCCAAUCCAGUGACCAGGAAUUCCGCGGCUGGUGGCUCCAGGGAGCUCCCGCUGGCCCCGUGACUCUCGGGGGCCCGCUCGCUGCAGGCGGGGUCUGGACCAGGAGCGCGCGGGGGCUGCAGGCUCGCUCCCCGCCCGGGCCGGCGGGCCUUGACCCUGUGGGCAAGUCCACGUGUGUCUGUGUAUGUGCGUGCACGUGCGUUUUCAAGUGGGCCGUGUUGUUCAGGCGACGUCACACAUCACGGGUGUGUGCCACAAACAAGCUACUUUUAAGAAACCGACGUUUCAGGGAAGAGGGGAGAGCUGCACGGGCCCCUCCCGUGGGGUUCACUAUGAAUGUAUUGCUUAUUGGAGAAUAUCUCGAUCCAAAGAACAAUCAUUCCUCUGUGGUCCUCUUGUUGCCCUCCUGUCUUCAUUUUAUUUUAAAACUCUUGAGUGUGUGAGAGGGCUUUGGAACUGACCUGUUUGGUUCCGGCCAGAUUAGCGGCUGUGGCGGCCCCGGGGUGGGAGGGGAGCGGCGUCCGCGGUAGCCUGGCAUCUGCGGCCUGAGGAGGUGAGGGGGCCUCGCUUGCAGACGGUAUUUAGGAUGGCGACAGCUGGUUUGAUGUUUUUAAUUUUUCCCCUUUGGGGCUAUCAUUUUGUUUCUCUACUCACAUCACAGGCGAUAAAAUAGGACCCUUGGUGCAGAGCUUAAAAUUAUGCCAGAAAGCAAAACAGCUCCCCUCUCGGGGGACUCGCCUUAAACUUGCCUGGUUUGUCCGUGUUUUGUGGGAUCCUGGAGGAAGCCAUCUCUGACAAGGUCAGGGUCCCCUGAGCCGCCUCCCACGCUGAGAAGAGUGGGCAUCUCCCUCCUGGUCUCCUCUGCUCACCUGUGAGCCAUUUUGCUUUCGUUUGCAUUAACCUUCCCCUGUCCUGAUCAGGGCUUCUACCGCCGCUGGCGCAGAACCGCGAAGGGCCUACCUGACAGCCGUCUAGCCAAGGAAACGAGCUGUGGGGUGGCUGUGCAGCAGACUCGGUCACUGCAGAAACACAGGCUGUGGGGGGAGGGGGCGGCGCACGACUCGCAGCGGAGGACGCUCCCGAGAUGGCUCUGCACGUCCGUCUGCACACCCGUCCUCUGGGCUGGACGUGUGUGUUGGGCUUCAGUGUGAAGCUUUUAACGUGUAUAUCCUGGUUAUCAAUAAAAACGAUUAUCCAAGUGGUUGAAUCCUGUGAGACUUGGCAAAUAAGUGCAAAUCAAGUAUACUUGACUUUUCAACCUCUUCUUUCAUUGUAACUUUUGUAAGAAAUAAAGUCACCGAUUGACAUUCUCCA